AUGAAGGAAUAUCGUCAAAGCUGGAAUUAAGAUGAGGAUCAAUAGCUAUAAGAAUUAUACAAGGUUUAUGGUGAUAAAUGGAAAAAGAUUGCUGAGUUACUGCACUUAAGAUAGAAAUCUUAAGGAAAGAUCAGAACUGCAGCCGCUUGUAGAGAGAGGUAUCAAAAUAUUCUUAAACCUACUUUAAAUAAAAAUUUAUGGACAAGAGAAGAGGAAGAAAAAUUAUUUUCAUUAUAAAAACUCUAUGGGAAUUGCUGGACUAAAAUUACAAUAAAGAUGCGAAAUCGAUCAGAACUAAUUUGCAAAAACUAUUUUUAUGCAACCAUCAGGAGAGUACUGAGAAGAUUGAGCAAGUAAGUCGGCAUCUUAAAACCUUCUCAAAUGUUAAAAUCUAUAAAGCCCAGUGUCUUAAUGAGCAUAUACUUGGAAGACAACUAAGAAACUCAGUUGGUUUUCAAUUAGGAAGUACGCCUAAAUUUAAAGUAAUUGAUCACUAAAUAUUAAUUUAUACAAAAAGAAGAAAAUAUACCUUUAGAUAAUGAGGAAACAAAAAAUAUUAGACAAUUGAUUAGAGACUUAGUUGAUGCUAAUAUUUAGUAUUUAGAGUUUAAAGGACGGUUUCAAAUAUAAAAAAAAAAUAAACUGAAUUUUUAGAGUAAUAAAGAAGAAUUACAAAAGGAGCAAGAAAAUAUAAUAAAAAGAAUUAGAUUAUAAGAAGAUGUAUUUGUAAUGAAAUAUCCACAUUCUCAAAAUUAAAUACAGAAAAAAGAGUAAACUCUUAAGGACAGCUCAUGUAAUGAAAAUAAGGGUUUUAAAAACUUAAUAGCAAAUUAGAAUUCUUAAAUUCCUGAAAGUUAUUUUUCAACGUAAUAAUACUUUAAUCUCUAAUAAACCUAAGCUUAUUUCCAAACCUAUAUGGAUUACUCUAAAUAUAAUGCAUAAUAUCAAUUUGGAAAUUACUUUGAUCCCUACUCAUACUUUUAUUAUCAAUAGACUCCUUACCAAUUUCAAUUGUAAUAGAGAAUUUGA